AUGGCAGCAGCUGCCGCGGUCGCAGAAGCCAACAGCUUGGCCCAGACGAAGAAUCCUCAGGACAAAAAGAAGCUGCCGAAGGCUCUGGGAGCAUUGAAAGAAGAGAAGCUCGCAGCGAAGCAGGAGCUGAAGGCCCUUGGCAAUAUUCUUGGCCACGUCGGGUUCAGCCUAGACCAGAUUUGGGGUUCCUGCCCUUUGGCACCCGUCAAUGGGGACGGCGAGAUGAGAAUUCUGCACACCGUCGACAACAUGAGCAUUGCCUUUGUGAUCGACAGCUCCGGGGCUUGCAGGUGGGACAGCCUCGCAGACGACUCGGAACAUGUUCGCUUGGUCAUGGGGGCUGACCAAGGCAGCCCACUUUACAGCUGUUACCAGUACCUAGCAGGGCAUGGGGCGAGCAUCACACUGAUCCGAGACGAGUUGCACAAACUGCACGCACACCAGGGCCGUGCGACCUCAUGCAGCCCAAUCGUGAAAAGAAUGACUAUGCUGAGUGGAUGGUUGUUCCGGGCCAAAAAAUCGCCUUGGGGCACAUGUGCCUUCGCUUCCACCUUGAAAGAAGCCGGUGAGAGAUACUUGCAGGUUGCUGAAAAGGACGACGUGCUCAUGGAGCUUUUCAGUCGGGACAUCCUCAAAGAGAACGGAUUGCCGUGCACGACAGAUGCCAGCUUGAACUUCGCGAGGGUUGUGGAGAUCCUCGGCAAAACGAUCAAGUACAACAGUGAAUCCUUCUCCUGGUCUCGAUGGUGCAGCUGGGCCCACACGGCUGCCAAAUUCCAGAUGACUUGCACUUUGUUGCUGAUCCUGUGGAGUUCCAUGGAGGCUAUGCUUGGCUUUGUUGUCAUCGUUGGGAAAAACCCUUUUCAGAUCCUGCAAUCUGGUGCUUCAUCGAACCAGAGCUACGACAAAACCGUGGACACGUGUGUGAAGGCUUUGAUGGACGAGGUGCUCUUCGGCCUCUUCCUCUUCGGCCGCCGUGUGGUGGCUCCUUUCAAGGAGAUGUGUGUGCAUCUUGUGACUCAGCUGCAUCAAGGGGAAGGGAGCAAGAAGAUGGCCCUGCACAAAUUCACGCUUGAAGCCAACACGAACGAGUUGGAGAUGCGGCUAUCAAAACUCGCGACUGAAUGCUUCUCCUGCAAGUGCUUGGAUAUGCCGCCCGACAUCGCGGUUCUGGACAUCAAAUUUUUUCGGGACUCUGCUUCUCGAAUCAUUUUGAGCGAAGCCCUGGGUAUGUACUUGGCGGUGGUGCACGAGCUUGAACAGCACCACCUCUACCUGAGAACGGCUCCCUGGAAGGCUGCCUGCCUCAUCGCCCCAGCCGAUGACCCCGCAACAAAGGCCCGAGUCCUGAAAGAACUCCAGGCCGAAUGGGUGAUGAUCUUGAGUUUGGAGGCCAGCCCAACAUCGGCUGCCCAGCUUCAGCAACACUGUGGCUACACGCUUUUCCAAAACUACAGGGAAGUCAUGACAGCUUGGGAGAAGCAUGGAUGGAACGAGCAUGAAGAGGCAGCUGGCAUCAUGACAAGUUGGUUCCCGGAAUUUGCAUGGUCAAGCAACAUCGAAUCUCUGUUUUCUGAGAUGUCAUCGGCUACGAAGAGAAGUGGACAGGCUGAUGUGGGCUCUUUGGCCAACCUCAUGAGUGUCGGCAUCAGAGGCUUGGUUCGUCGUAUUUCUAUCCAAGAGGAUGCACCUGCGGCUUUGAAGCUUGAGAAAGAUGAUUGGACCGGCCCCCAGGUGUCAGGAUUGAAAAGCAAGAUUUUCCAUCCCUCCUCCGCCCUCCCGUGCCAGAAUGUGUCCUUCGAGAACAUCGUCAAACCUUUUCCCAGCACCUCGGCCUUCCAUCACCAGAACCAUUGCUGCAAUUACAUGGCGGGGCUACUGGCUGCGAACUCGCUCUUUGGCAAAGACGAUGACAGGGUUGUCCGGCUCGAGGAGCUGCCGUACAAAUUCGCAGGUGGGCUCCCGAAGGAGGAGGCGGACGAGACAAGAAUCCCGGCCAACGACUCCAAGCAGGAUAGUUUCGAAGAUCCGCUGUGCGAGGGGGAAUCCACGAAAGCCUUGACGCUGAAGAUCGGAAGGAGCCUGGUUUCGAAGCUUCUGAUUUCGAUGGAAGAGGUGAAAAUUUUCGAUUACACUCUCCAUGUGGCCGAUCAGAUCCUCGAGACGAAGUGUGGCAACAACCUGCUGCUGAGGAGAGGAAGCCGAGAGUUUUCUUUGCUUGGAUGGCUGGUGGAGAAAGGUGGCAUCUUGAAAGCGCGAGUGAGCUCCUUGAUUGAUAUCUUGGACAGCAUGGGCAUCAAGAUGCUCAAAAAUGCUACGAAAGCUCAGCGAAUCAGAAAGAUCUUGACCUUGGAUGCUGUGAAGCAAGAGUGCUCGCAAGCCAGCAUCGACCGCAUUCUGAAAGCCUUGGAGCAGCAGGAGGAGAAAAGAAAAGCGAAGCAGGACGACAAGCAGCAGGCGGCGGACCCUGCCAAGGAUGAGGAAGAGAUCACCUGGGAGGAGCUCGAAGACGAUCCCGCAGCAAGGGCUUGCAGAGAGCUCUUGCAAGGGCAAGACGAGGAGGAGGAGGAAGAGGAGACAGUGGGAGAGGAGCCGGCUGGACAGGAGGCGCUUCCUGCUGCCGGUGGACAAGCUGAGGAGGCAUCAAGAGCAUCUCGGGCCAUGCUAUCGGCAACGACGGCAUUGCCACCAGACCUGCUACGCCUUAUGCCUUUGCCUCCGGGAACGUUCAUGAACAAAGUCGUCCACUCGAAUCGCACGCUGCCACACUUUCAAGGCAGGCUUCAGGCGGGACAAAUGGUGGAUGGCAAGACUCGUGUUUGCAUGCAGAUAAGCGGCACAAGCUUUUUAUAUUGUAUGGUGCUGGCUGACGUCAGCUACGUCAGCCACUGGGGAUGGUCGGCCUUCCAAGAGAAGGCUUUGGACCAAUUCCCAGACUCGGAUGUCGAGAACAUUACCAUUUGUUCCGAAGUCAGCAUGCUGCAGGAGAUCGACCACAUCGUCGACACUGCGAAGAGCAACAACAGUGACCUGGACGCGAUCCUCGUUCCAAAGGACAGCUCCGGUAUCGGGAGAGGUGCUGAAGAAAGCUUGGUGGAAGCUCUGGCAGAUGCAUGUGGUCUGCCCCGGUCCGACAUCCAGCUGCGGUGCCACACGAAAGGCGCGCUGGAGAAUGGCGAGGGCCUGGGCUUUGGCUACGCGUGGUUGCCACCCAAAGCCGCCGAGGCACUGGUGCAAGCCGGCACAGUCGAGUACUCCGUGGGACAGUCCCAGGCACGUGCAGCUGUGAGGGCCAGUCGGGGAAACGGCGCCCGAGCUCCGCGGGACGGCGCCGAGGACAUGUCUGUGGCCCUUGCAUCGACCUUCCAGCUGGCGCACGAUGCAGACUUGACUGGAUUGGUGGCUUCAUGGCAGGCCCUUUUCAACCUGGCGCACGUGCGCGUGCAGCUACGGGUCUGCGAAAAGUUUGGCCCGGCUGGGGUGGCGCAGCUGCUGCGGAGCCGAAAAUCCCUGCUGUGGCGAUUGCCACUCGCAGCCGUGUUGUGGCGGCCGGAAGACGUCGUCUCGCAGGCCGCGAAGGAGUCGCUCCUCGCUGCAGCUCGGGUGGCCACUUCGGAAGGCCGCGUGAUAAUGUUCCUCCAGGCGACGGAGGGCGGAAACUGCCGAGAGGUCGAGGCAGCAAGCAGCUUCCAGGAUUCCCUGAGGCAGCUGGACCCAGCGGUUUGCAACAUUACCAGCUGGAGCGAUCUGAAACGCACAUACCCCUGUGCGGAGGAGGACCCUAUGGCAGCCGUUUGCGCCAUGGUCUUCCGACGUGCGGCCGCGUCGCUGUGGAGCAGCCAAGUGAAGGUCUUCGUAUCGGACUGUGACUACACUCUCUGGGAGGGAGCAGUAUCGGAGGAGGGCCUGCACGUGGAAAUCUCUGGGCCCUACCUGGAGCUUCAGAGGAAGCUGUCUGAACUCCAAAAGUCGGGUCGACUCGUUUGCUUGGCAUCCCGGAACUCUUCCGAUGAGCAGAUCGAGAGACUGCUGAAGGAACGCGCCUCUGAGUGCGCGCUGCUGUGGGAUCAGGUGGUGGCGACCGAGGUGCACCCCGGCGCGAAGCCCGAGAGCCUCCGGCGGCUCUCAGAAGCUUUGGACCUUCCCCUUGAGGCGUUCGUCUUCAUUGACGACAACAGCUUUGAGAUUGCCGAUGUCCGCCGGUGCGCACCCCUGGUCUACACCCUCCAUGUGCCAGGAGACCCCAAAGCGUAUUCGCUGGCUCUCCAGCAUUGGUGGGUCUUGGAUUCGUUUGUGGGACGGGCCCCUACAAAAGAGGAUGCACGCCGCACAGAGUUGUACCGCAGCAAUGCGGCUCGCCGUGCUGAAAAGGAUCGGCAUUCGUCCUUGCAGUCCUUCGUGGCAUCUCUGGAGGUGCGCAUUGACAUCCGGGAGCCCCGCGAGGAUGACUUGAACCGAGUCAGCCAGAUCUCCAUGCGAACCAACCAGUUCAACACCACCCAGAUGCGCUUCAGUGAGCAGCAUGUGAGGUCAUGGUGUUCCUCUGAUGAUCAUUUCGUCCUCACUGCCCAGGUGGCGGACAAGUUCGGAGAUUAUGGUCUUGUGGCUGCGGCUUUCUGCACUCGCGGAGAUGGCAUCCUGACCCUCGACUGCUUGGCGCUGAGCUGUCGAGUGUUGCAUCGCGGUGUUGAGCAGAGCCUCCUGCGAGAGCUGGGGAAAGCCGCCGCGGAAGAGGGCCGCCAGUUGGUGAAGAUCCACUUCCGCGCUUCGGGCAAGAACGACCUGGCUCGAGGUUUCCUCGCGCGCCUCCAUUCCUGGGCCCGUCGUGGCGAUCCGUGCCCACCGAAGGAGGAGGCCACAGACAUGGAUUGCUUCGAGCUUCCUGCUGAAACGCUGGCCCGCCUGGAGAAUCACACUCUCCAGCGGUUUGCCGACGAGGAGGAUGCUGUCGUUCCGGCGGCAAAGAAUUCCUGGGCAGCAGAUGCCAUCGAUCGUGAGUCGCGAGUGCUGACGUGGACCAAUGUGGUGGAUUCCGAGGACUGGAUGGGCGGCACGGUGAAGAGCUCCAAAGAUGAUGCUCCCACAUGCGGCAGCUGGCAAGCCUUUCUCGACAAAGUAAGCGAGAUGGGUGCAGACGUGCCACGAACCCGGACAAAGAGCGACGCCGAACAACAAAGCUUUCAGGUUUAUCGGGGUCUAUAG